GUGACAGAUGGGCUUAAACAAAAACUUUGUCCUCCUUCUAAAGUUGAGCUUUCGUCAAUUAAAGCUAAGAGGAGACCUUCUCACUCAAUAGAUUAGUGCACUAUCCCCUUUUUCUUAACUCUCUCUCUCUCUCUCUCUCUUAGUCCACUCAAUCUUGCGACCUCAGCAAUUUCUUGAGGUAAUGUAUAUUUAGUAGCGUAGAUUAAGCUAGCAAGAUAUUGGGUGGAGAAUGGCAGCAUACAUGUGUACGGACAGUGGAAAUCUAAUGGCAAUAGCUCAGCAAGUUAUAAAGCAAAAGCAGCAGCAAGAGCAGCUCCAACAACAAGAACAGCAGCAGCAUCAGCAAUUCUUGGGUGGUGUCAAUCCAUUAUGCUUAAGCCCCUGGACUGGAACUCACCAGAGCUUAACCAACAGUCCCACUUUAGGAUAUGGUGGUCUUACUGGACCGGGUUUCACCGACCCAUUUCAGGUCGUAGCCGGAGGCCCAGACGGCGGCGAACCGGGAUUUCAGUUCCCGAACCUGGAACACCACUCGACCGGGUUUAGAUUCACUGAUUUUAGCGGUGGACCGGGCGGUGAGUUUGACUCGGACGAGUGGAUGGAGAGCUUGAUUGGCGGUGGAGAUUCUACUGGAAGUUCCAAUCUUCAGUCUGGUUCUUACCCGUGGCAUACGAGUUCCGAGUUCGCUGCUCUUUACGGAGAUCCGUUCUCGAGUUGUCCGAAUCGACUCAGUAUUGGCUCUUCUCCUCCUCCUCCUCCUACUUCCGAUCUCAAUGGAGUCAUUUUUUCGGAAACCCAAAAAAAUCUCAACCCAUUACAACCAUGGGUCCCCCCAUCUUCUUCUCCUCCAGUUGUUCAUAAAGAAUCCAAGGUGGCCUCAAUUGAUGUGCCCUGUAGUUCCCCUGAAACUUUCUCCUCAAAACCAUUGUUGAAAUCUUUACUGGAAUGUGCAAGACUUGCCGACUCAGAGCCAGAAAAUGCAGUAAAAUCAUUGAUUCGACUCGAGGAAUUAGUUUCCCAACAAGGAGAUCCGACGGAGCGGGUCGGGUUCUAUUUCUUAGAAGCUCUUUACAGUAGGCUUUCGUGUCAAACAGAGAGAAGUCCUUCAAUAUUUAGUACUUACACUCCAGAGGAGCUCACUUUGUCUUACAAAGCCUUUAACGACGCAUGUCCGUACUCAAAGUUUGCUCAUUUAACGGCUAAUCAGGCUAUUCUUGAAGCAACUGAAAAAGCAACGAGGAUUCACAUAGUAGAUUUUGGCAUUGUUCAUGGGAUUCAAUGGGCUGCUUUUUUACAAGCUUUAGCCACUAGAUCAGCUGGAAAACCAGUCAGUAUUAGAAUCUCCGGCAUUCCAUCGGUGGUAUUAGGCAACUCUCCGGCAGCUUCACUUUUAGCUACCGGAAACCGUCUCCGUGACUUCGCGAAGCUUCUGGAUCUUAACUUCGAAUUCGAGCCGAUACUUACACCCGUUCAGGAGCUAAACGAGUCUAGUUUUCGAAUCGAUCCAGAUGAAACUUUAUCUGUAAAUUUCAUGUUACAGCUGUACAAUUUAUUGGACGAGACGAGUGUUAGUGUUAAAACUGCACUCAAUUUAGCGAAGUCAUUGAAUCCAAGCAUAGUGACAUUGGGCGAGUACGAGGUGAAUUUGAACAACGUUGGAUUUCUUCAGCGGUUUAAGAAUGCUUUGAAUUACUACUCCACAGUUUUUGAGUCACUAGAUCCGAGUUUGACCCGAGAUUCGCCGGAGCGAGUAGAAGUGGAAAGACUGAUACUUGGCCGGAGAAUUGCCGGAGCGGUGGGAACAGAGGAAGCUGGAACCAGAAGAGAAUGUAUGGAAGAUAAAGAACAUUGGAAAGAAUUAAUGGAAGGGGCAGGUUUUAAAGAAGUGACACUUAGUCAUUAUGCUAUGAGUCAAGCAAAAAUUCUUCUUUGGAACUAUAAUUAUAGUUCAUCAUAUGGGUUAAUUGAUUCUCCACCUGGGUUUCUCUCCUUGGCUUGGAAUGAUAAGCCUCUUUUGACUGUUUCUUCUUGGCACUAAUUCUACAAAUCAAUUAUGUGGCCUGGUUCUGUUAAGUACUUUUUUUAGUGCUUAAUUUCAAUUUCAUUGCUCCUCGUAGAGUAAUUAAAGUUAGUAUAGAAAGAUGAUAUUUUUGAGCUCCCUGGAAUCUGGAACAGCAACUCACCUUGUUAAUUUCAUGAAUGGUGUACUGUUUGGUGUCCUCUUUUUUCUAAAGAUAUCUUGUUUUCUUGUGUAGUUAUUAGGUUUUGUUUUUGCAUCUUCUGGGUUGUUGGGUAGGUAUGGUGUUCACUAGGAGGAAAUCGACUGUAAUUGUGCAUAUUUUGUGAAUUAUUAAUGUACAAUUAGUUAACUGA